AUGGAUUUACCAGCACUCCCGCAGCGGAUGUAUACAUUAGGGGAAGAGCCCCCUGCACUGAAGAUUUCUUAUCACACUGAUGACUCGAAGCUAUUUACUGCACUAAGGCGAGCUCUAAACGCUGACGAAUAUGAUGAGCUGAAGGAGUCAAAGUUGGGAGUGUUCAUCAAGUUCAAGGAGCUGAAUUUUGGUUGGGUUUCAAGGCUUGUUCAUUAUAUGUUCAGUUUCCAGCUUAACAUCAAGAAGAAGUAUGAAACCUGGAGUCUCGUUGGUCCACAACCAGUGAGGUGUUCAACGGUGAGGUUUUCACUGUUGGAGUUUGAACACCUCACUGGUCUGAACUGCGAUUACAUCGAGGACCUGGAAAAUCCAAGGGUUGAGGUUACUAAGGAGAUGGCUGCUUUCUGGGAGAUGAUGGGUGUUGAUGUCGAUGCUGGGCCAACUACUGAGCAUAUAAAAGCAGCAUUUGGGAGAUGCGAUGAGUGGUCUUGGGAAGAUCGCAUGCGGCUCAUUGAAGGGAGAAAGUACUCAACCGCUACACGGGCUAGUCUUGCAAGGCUAGUGAUGGAUUUAGAAAGAUUUGAGAAUUAUUCUUGGGGGAGAGUGGCGUUUAAGGUGCUGAUGGAGUCUGUGAAGGGUGUAAAUUUGGAUUCAAAUUCAUACACUAUUGAUGGGUUUGUUCAAGUUCUCCAGUGUGGGCGUACUUUGAUCUGCCAGAAUUUGACUAGCGUGAUCAACUUCGUCUGCAAGGACUAUGCUGAGAUGUUUCCACGAUGGGACUUUGAUGUGGAGGACCCGGUCGCGGAGAACAUAAUCAAAGUCAUGUUUAAUGCGAAAGAUGAUUGGAACUGGACCAUGAAUUGCUGGGAAGUCACCGGUACUAAACCGAUAGUGAAGAAGGAAGAGAGUGCAGUGGAGACAGAGAGUGGUGUGAAGGAGGAAAGUGCAGUACCUUGGAAGAAAGCUCGUAAAGCGGCAUCUGUUGAGGCGAGUAAACUGCCUUCUGCUGAGGCACGUGCAGAUGCUCGUUCAGAGGCUUCUACGUCUGUUGGUGGGAUGACCAAGGAGCAGAUUGAAAAAAGCUUCAAGGGCAUAUCUGAUGUCAUGAGGGAUGGGUUUGGGAUGUGCCUUAGGGAGAUCAAGUUUCUGGGGGAUAGGAUAGAAGCUGUGGAGAAGAAGGUGGGAAUCACCAAAAAAGGGACUGCAUCUAAUGAACUUCAAAUGACAACUUCAAAUCCGGAAAAGCGUGUGCACGAACCCGUGCAGAUGCUCGUUCAGAGGCUUCUACGCCUGGAGAUCAAGUUGCUGGGGGAUAGGAUAGAAGCUGUGGAGAAGAAGGUGGGAAUCACCAAAAAGGGACUGCAUCUAAUGAACUUCAAAUGA